GUUGGUGGUUCAAUGCUGUAGCUGAGGAGGCUUGAGCGGUUUGUGUGUCCUGCUCUGUGUGCUACUGCUGGGUGCCGUGAGGGGAAUUCAGGCGAGCUCUGAACCCGUGACAUGGUCACUCAGUGAGUGUUCUUCUUGGAGUUGACCUGAAUUCAGAUAGCAACUCUCAAGUGAGGAGGCUCACAAACACCUGCUAUGCCAAAUCCACAGGAUCCGACAACUUCUCUGGAUGCAUUGACCUUUGAUGAUGUGCAUGUACACUUCACUCAAGAGGAGUGGUCCUUGCUGGAUCCAUCUCAGAAGAGACUUUACAAAGAUGUAAUGCUGGAGACCUACAGGAACUUCAUUGCUAUAGGAUACAAUUGGGAAGACCAUAAUAUUGAAGAGCAUUGUCAAAGUGAUAAAAGAUAUAGAAGGCACGAAAGAAAUCCUGCUGGAGAGAACCAGUAUGAAUACAUACUGUGUGAUAAAGCCUUCACAUACCAUAGUCAUCUUCAAAAGCAUGAAGGAAUUCAAACUCAAGAGAAACCCUCUGAAGGCUUUCAACAUAGUGAAGUCCUUGCAUGUCAUAGUAGUCUCCAAAUACAUAAAAGAACAGAUACUGGAGAGAAACCCUACAAAUGUAAUCAAUGUGAUAAAUCCUUUUCACAGCUCAGGUAUCUUCGAGUUCAUGAAAGAACACAUACUGGAGAGAAACCCUAUGUAUGUAAUCAAUGUGGUAAAACUUUUGCACAUCACUGUACUUUACACUUGCAUAGAAGAACACAUACUGGAGAGAAACCUUAUGAAUGUAAUCAAUGUGGCAAAGCCUUUGCAAAAAACAGUUAUCUUCAAACACAUAAAGUAAUACAUACUGGAGAGAAACCCUUCAAAUGUAAUCAAUGUGAUAAAGCCUAUUCACAACAGAGUCAUCUCCUAAUACAUAAAAGAACACAUACUGGAGAGAAACCCUAUAAAUGUAGUCAGUGUGGUAAAUCAUUUGUAUCUCACAGUCAUCUUCAAGCUCAUGAAAGAAUUCAUACCGGAGAGAAACCUUACAAGUGUAAUCAAUGUGACAAAGCCUUUUCACAACACCCUAGUCUCCAAAUGCAUAAAAGAACACAUACUGGAGAGAAACCCUACAAAUGCAAUCAAUGUGAUAAGGCCUUUGCACAAAACAGUAGUCUCCAAAUGCAUACAAGAACACAUACUGGAGAGAAACCUUAUGAAUGUCAUCAAUGUGGUAAAGCCUUUUCACGUCACAGUAGUCUCCAAACCCAUAAAAGGCACCAUACAGGAGAGAAGCCCUAUGAAUGUAAUCACUGUGGUGAAGUCUUUGCAUAUCUCAGUAGUCUCCAGUACCACAAAAGGAAUCAUCUGGGAGAGGAACCCUAUCCAGUUCUUUAACAUGGUAAGGCCUUUGUGGAUUUCUGUAGCCUUCAUCAUGAAGUAUUCAUACUGCAGAGAAACCAUAUGAAUGGAAGAAAUGUGGUAAAGCUUUUGUACAUCACAGUUAUCUCUUAAUGUAGAAAAAACCAGAUAUUAGAAAUUGUUAUUUGAAGUGUUAUCAAAGUGGUUCCAUAGCAGGAUUUAAUCUGGCAGUUUGGGAGAGUAAGCUAAGUUUGUAUUUGCCAGAACUGGAAAAGUGCCAAACAAGUCAAUUCUACAAAAAAACCACCCCUCAUGGGCAGCCAAUCAGGAGCUUUAGAAGCCACCCACCUAGCUUGAACCAUAUAUAGUUAAUUAUCAAAAAUUCCCCAAACCCCCCAGAGCCUUAGCCAAUCACAGAGGCACCAUACCCCUCAAGAUAGAACCAACCAAUCAAGAGAAAGAAAGGUAAAAGCCACCCACUCCUAACCUAACAGUUUUUAAAUUGACCCUGAAAAGCCCACAUCUCUGUCUUCCAUCCUGGUAUAUGGAUAACAAUACAGUUAUGUCUGAAUGCAUAAAAGUAGAUAGACUGGAGAGAAACUCUAUGAAUGUAAUCAGUGUGGUAUAGCCUUUGCAUAACAUGAUCAUCUUUGAAUACAUAAAAAACAUACUGUCGUGAAAUUCUAUGAACGUAAUCAGUGUGAUAAAGCUUUUGCAUAUCACAUUCAUCUUCAAAGCCAUGAAAGGAUUUAUACUAAAAAGAAGCACUAUGAAGGUAUUAAAUAUUAUGAAGUCUUUGCACAUCCCAGUUAUGACUGAAUACAGAAAAGAACACAUGCUGGAGCGGAAAAUUAGGAAUGUAUUCAGUGUGGUAAAGACUUUGCAUAUCAUAGUCAUCUUUGGAUAUAUAAAAGAACACAUACUGGAGAGAAACCCUACAAAUAUAAUCAAUGAGAUAGAGCCUUUAAACAGCACAGUCAUCUUCAAAGGCAUGAAAGAAAGUCAUGCUGGAGAGAAACUCUAUGAAUGUCUCAAAUAUGUUGAAGCCUUUGCACAUUUUUGUAAUCAUCAUCGUGAUAGUAUUCAUACUGGAGAGAAAUCCUAUGAAUGCAAGAAAUGUGGUAAACCUUUUGUACAUAAUAGGAGUCAUUGAAUGCAAAACAUCAACUGUAGAGAAACCUUAUACAUGGACUCACUGUGGUAAAGACUGUGCACAUCAUAGUAGUCUCCUAAUACAUAAAAGAACACAUUCUGGAGAGAGACCCUAUGAAUGUAAUCAGUGUGGUAUAGCCUUUGCAUGUAGCAUCAGUUUUUCAUGAGAAAAAAAAAAUCAUACUGCAGAGAAGCCCUAUAAAUGUGUUAAAGUUUUACAUUUCAGUGUAGUCUUUUUUUUUAUUGAAGUAAUAAAAUUUAUUUUAAAAUAAA